CGCGCGCUUCCUUCCCUCCACCUCGCGCAGCUACAGCCGUUUAGAACGUAGCAGAGCCAGCCCCUCGCGCGCCACUCGGCGCGGGCCAAUGAGGAGGCGCCGUUCGGGCAUAGGGAAUGAGGAGGAUGCUCGGCGGCAGAAGCGGCGGCGGCGUUAGCGAGGUGCGCAAGCUGGGAAGGGAAAGACGGGGAGGGGUCGGAGAGGGGCACCAGCUCCCGGGCCCCGCUAUUGGCUCCGCGGCGCUGGCCCUCCUGACGUGGAGGCUGCGCUUCGCUAGGCCAAGGUCCCUCUCGGCACACGCGCCGGCUUAGCUUCCUUCCGGCAGCGGCGAUUUUGACAGUGAUAUCCGUGGCAACUCCAGCUGAGACUAAGGGUCGGGGAAACUGUCCUGUCAGUACCAACAACAACAAUGAGAAGUCAUUUAAGCUACUAGAGAAGGUGGCAAUGCAAGUUCUGCCAGUGAACUAAACAGGCGUUAAAUGGCUGCAUCAGAUAGCAAUAUGGCUCGGUAGCCAAGGUGAACAAGACUUUGUUGAACUUUAUGUGAUAUUUUUGUCAAGCUGUUCUGUGUAGUGUAUAUUCUUCAAAAAUGGACACAAUGAAGCUACAGCAUAAUAUCAACCCUUUUCUUCUUCAUGUUAUAAAGUUUGUAAUCCUGAUAUAUACAAUUAUAACCUAUAUCCCAUGGUAUAUAUUUUCGGGAUCGAGAUAUGUCAUCGCCAAAUCAAGGCAAAUCAAAGCAAAACCAGUGAAUAACAAGCCAGGUAGUGCAUACAGAUCUGUUAACAGUUUGCAUUGUUUAGCAUCUGUGUUAUAUCCUGGAUGUGAUACGCUUGACAAAGUUUUCAAGUAUGCCACAAGUAAAUUCAACGAUAAGAAACUCUUGGGAACACGGGAAAUCUUAAAGGAAGAAGAUGAAAUCCAGCCAUCUGGAAAAGUUUUUAAAAAGGUCAUCCUUGGAAAAUAUAACUGGCUUUCGUAUGAAGAUGUUUACAAUAAAGCUAAUAACUUUGGGAAGGGAUUAGCAGUGUUAGGCCAGCAACCAAAGACAACCAUCGCCAUCUUCUGUGAGACUCGAGCAGAAUGGAUGAUCACAGCACAAGCUUGUUUCAUGAACAACUAUCAGCUUGUGACACUGUAUGCUACUCUGGGUGGCCCUGCAAUAGUACAUGGAUUGAAUGAAACGGAAGUGACAACCAUUAUUACUAGCAGGGAACUGAUGCAAACAAAAUUAAAGAGUAUUGCAUCUCAGCUUCCACUACUGCGCCAUAUUAUUACUGUGGAUGGCAAACCAACAACAUGGUCAGAAUUCCCCAAAGGUGUAAUUGUUCACACUAUGGCAUCUGUUCAAGCUAUGGGAGCAAAAGCAGAAAAUAUGUCACUCAACAAACAGAAGAUGAAACCAGUACCAUCAGACACUGCAGUCAUUAUGUACACAAGUGGUUCUACAGGAAUUCCCAAAGGAGUUAUGAUUUCACAUUGUAACCUUAUUUCUGGUAUAAGUGGAAUGGCUGAAAGGAUUCCUCAUUUGGGAGAGAAAGAUAUUUACAUUGGAUACCUGCCUCUUGCUCACGUUCUGGAGUUAAGUGCUGAGCUUGUUUGCUUGGCCCAUGGAUGCUGUAUUGGCUACUCAUCACCUCAGACUCUAAGUGAUCAGUCCUCUAAAAUAAAGAAAGGAAGUAAAGGUGAUGUUUCUACACUGAAGCCAACUCUAAUGGCUGCUGUGCCGGAAAUCAUGGAUCGAAUCUACAAAAAUGUGAUGAAUAGAGUUAAUGAAAUGUCCAGUUUCCAGCGUAAUCUGUUUAUAUUGGCUUACAAUUACAAGAUGGAACAAAUUUCAAAAGGUUGCACGACUCCACUCUGUGACAGCCUUAUUUUCCGGAAAGUCCGAAUGCUGCUUGGUGGGAAAAUUCGGGUCUUGUUGUGUGGAGGAGCUCCGCUUUCUGCAACAACACAACGAUUUAUGAACAUCUGCUUUUGCUGCCCUGUGGGACAGGGCUAUGGCCUAACAGAAUCCUCUGGGGCUGGAACAAUAACAGAAAUUUGGGACUAUACAACAGGCAGAGUGGGCGCUCCCUUGGUGUGCUGUGAAAUCAAACUAAUGAACUGGGAAGAAGGUGGAUACUUUAACACUGAUAAACCAUAUCCCAGAGGUGAGAUUCUUAUUGGAGGCCAAAAUGUGACAAUGGGCUACUACAAAAAUGAAGAACGAACCAAAGCUGAUUUUAUGGUAGAUGAGAAUGGACAGAGGUGGCUCUACACUGGAGACAUUGGGGAAUUUCAUGCAGAUGGGUGUCUAAAAAUUAUUGAUCGUAAAAAAGAUCUUGUAAAACUUCAAGCAGGAGAAUAUAUUUCUCUUGGUAAAGUUGAAGCAGCUUUGAAGAAUCUUCCACUGGUAGAUAAUAUUUGCGUAUAUGCAAGCAGUUUCCAGUCUUACAUCAUUGGAUUUGUUGUGCCAAACCAUAAAGAACUUACAGAGUUAGCAAGAAAGAGAGGAUUUAAAGGAACACUGGAAGAGAUAUGUAACUCUGCUGAAAUGGAGAAAGAAGUGCAAAAGGUUUUAGCAGAUGCUGCUCACACAGCAAACCUGGAGAAAUUUGAAAUUCCCCUGAAAAUUCAUUUGUGCCCUGACCCUUGGACCCCAGAGACUGGCUUGGUGACAGAUGCGUUCAAAUUAAAACGUAAAGAGCUUACUGCAUACUACCAGGCAGAUAUUAAUCGAAUGUAUGGAACAAAAGUAAAAUAAUUCUUCUUUUCUUGCACCGGUUUGCUAUGGUGAGCUCAGAUCAAAUAGGAAAUACUUGAAUCACAUGUCUCAUCACUUGGGACCAACAUAAAAAACAUCUUUCAUCACUUUCAGCUUAUGCUGUUACUUCUGAUAAUAUCAACAUCUUUAAACUGGCAGGAUUAGUAAAAUUUUAAGGCAGCAAACUUGUGUCUGUCUCCUUUUUUCCCAUUUCCUUUGCUACCUUGUCAGUGUGUGACUUUUCCUAAAAGUCGUCUUGGAUGAACAUGAUUUUGAAGCCUCAAGUUUUUAAACCUGAUUUAUAAAUCCUGUACAAUGUUCUGUUUGUAACUUUUUGAAGUUUGGAUAUAUAGAGGGAUAACUUGGCUAUAUGAUUAGUUUGGGGGCCUUUUUUACAUAAGUAUUUAAAUUUUAAAGAGAGAUCAAUGUGAAAUUAUGUACAAUUAAAUGACCUAUAGGUAAAAAAUCAUUGUUGGCCAGAAGACCAGAUUAUUUGUUGCUGUGCAAUUGUUUUGUAUAAACUUACAAGAGAAAUAGUCUGAUAUUCUGAUGUUAUACAACAACAGCUAAAGUAUGUGCCUGACAGUUUCCUCCUACAUAUAUAUUUUAUUUUUUAUCUGAAGUAAGGGAAAAUGGUCAUGGCAAAAGAUUGUAUAUAACCAGGUGUACUUGCAGAACAAGCUGUUCUGAGACUUUAUUCAUGCAAAGUUUUCUCUUUAACACAGCAAAUGUUACAUCUAAGCUAAAUCUGUCUAACAGAAAUAGUUUACUUUUUCAAAAUGUAUUGAGGCCAUUUUAUAAAGAAAAAAUAGUGAGAACUCAGUUUAAAAAAGAAAUGCAUCCUGAUGUUUGACAAUGUCUUUUUCAAAAGGUGAGAGUUUUAUUUGUAUUUUACCAGCUUUACAGUUCAGGCUUGCUGUUUUGUUUUGCACAAAUCAAUACUUAUAGUCCAGUUCAAGGCUAGCUGAAGGCCAAAUGUUCAAGAAUGCAGUCCAUUAUGAAGUUUUCCUGCAAAUUCCUAGACACAAUGGGUUGAGGUUGCACUCCUGCAAAUCUGUCAUGGUGGGACUUGCAGAAGAAAAAUGUAUGGUGGAUUGUGCUCUUUGUGAAGGGAACUUUUCAGAUAUACAGGGGGUGGUUCAUGAAUGCUGAUGGAAAUUUUAAUUACCUAGUUGGUCGAAUCUUGUUCUAGGGACAUUAUGUUGGACAUCAGUUUUGCUCAUUUUCAUAAAGAAUCUUUCCAUGUUAAGCAUGCAUGGGAUCAUAACCUGUGUCUCAUUUAUUUAGAUGUUUCAUUGUUGUGCCCAAAACAUUUAGUUUGAAAAUAACUUUCAUUAGAAAUUAACAUGUUGGCCUCCAUAAAAGUAGAAACUAACUGCAGAAAGCUUUGGACAGGCAAUUGGAGAUGAAUAUAAAAGUGAUUUUCUUGACAUUCAAGAGAACACUGCAGUCCCUUUUUCUUCCAGAGUUCUGUAUGUGCAGCUGAGCCUCAUGGAUCUCCAGAUUAGUGUGCUGAGUUGAAAAUUCUGGGUACCACUUUAGUCUAUACUUGGAGAGCCUUUCACCAGCAUAUUUUUUCACUAUGAUAUUAAAAAUACGUCUAUAUUGGCAACUUGAUGUGAUGAACAGCAUCCAUUAGUUUUUAUCUGUGCACAUAUGGAAAGGCUUUAAUUUGUAAGAAUUGACUUCCUUUCCUAGAAAAGUACUUUACCUUUACUUUUACCUAGAAAAGUAUAAGAAUUGUGGUCUUGGAUCUACAUAUAGGUAAUGGGUCUUUAGACUUUUGAUACAAUCCAGUCAGAGUUAAUCACUUUUAGAUCCUGGUACCUGCAGUGGGAGAGUUACAGUGCUACCCUAUGCUGUAUGUAUGACUUAAAAUGCUGUAACUCUGCUUUGAAUGUUACUGUGAAGCAGUUAAAGUGCUCCCAUUGAAGGCAAUAUAUAAGUGUUUAUUUAGGGUUGGAUUAUGUCCAUCUUGUACUUACUACAAUCCAUAAUUGCUGUUUAGUACUCUUAGAAAGCUUUAACUUGACAUAUUCAGGAAACAAAUUUACAGUUGUGGUUUAAUUGGAAAAUAAAUUUUGAAACAAAGAGAGUGACAUGUGCAUUUCUCCUGUGGAGUUUUGUUUCACAUUGACAAGCAGAUGUUUUGUAAUAGCUAAAAUACAUUUUGAGUCAUUGCUUGGCAAAUGGAAAUAACUUGCACUGGUGUUAACUCUCAAGAGUCUUAUUCAUUUGGCAUCAUGGAAUGAAAUUCCAGUGGAUUUAUUAAAAUCUUUUAAAAGGUAUGAGCACCCAAGCCAUGCAUCUGUAACUGAAGCAUUUGUGACUGAAACCUAUGGCUCUUAGGUGCCCUCUGCAGAUAGAACACAGCUGACUUACGUGGCCUUUGCAAAUAUGUUAUGUUUUUGUUUAAUGACUGAGUUUCCAUAUAUUUGGUUCCUUUAUUAUGGUAAGAUGAUAGAGAGAUGUUUCAAUAAUCCAGGAGUGACAUUUGUGAGGGUUUUUGUAUUUCAGCACAAAACAAAACAAUGCAUUCUUUGUAAAUGUUAAGUUCCAUGUUUACUGGUUCCAAGGGACCAAUUCCUGCCAAUUGCUAGGGUUUUUGAAUUAGAUACUAACAUUUUAUCUUUAGGAAUGAGAAACCAAUUUAGUUUUUGUGUGCAUGACUAUGUGUUCUCUAUUGAGGGGGCUUUAUAUAUGACAAUUCAUAUGGAAGCUAUUCCAUGUUCACAGGGAAGGAACCAGAUAGCCUAAUGUUUGGUUACUUGUAAUGUCUCGUGACUUCCAUUGAACGGUUUUAAUACAUGUGGGUUCUUUUCUGCUUUUAAGAUUCAGGUAAUAAGACCAAACCAAUCAAAGUGAAAUGAUCACUCCCCCUUUGAUUACUAAAAUUAUAAUGCAGGAGUUCCUUGCAGUUGUUUUGGAAUUUUCCCUAAUUGUCCUUUAAUACCUUUUGACCUGCUAAACUGUAUUCAGUUUGUGACCCUCCUCUAGCAAUAAACCAUGGUGGGUUGCUUUGCCAAGGGACAACAGAUAAGAGGAAAGUAAUUUUUUAGGAACUAGACCUGGAAGCAUGUACUGAAACUUUAAAAACUUAAAACACUUGCUACUAGAAGAGAGCUGCUUAUAAAUUUAAAAUUUCUAGUAUUUCAGGGUUAAACUAGAAAUUACAUAACAGAUAUAUGGAACAGCCCCCCACCCCCAAGCUGGCAUCUGCGUUUAACGAGAGGCUGAAAUCUUGAACAAAUGGCAAGAGGGAGGAGCUGCUUAACCUCCCUUUUCCAGCUGUUCUGCUUAAAAUCUGCAACCGCACAGGGAGAGAUGGUAAGGAAAGAUACUCUUUGCAAAACUACUGUGACAUCACUGUCGAUUAGAAAAAAAGAUGAAGAAGGAAGGGUUAUGUGGUUCUUCCCUUGCUGUUCCUCCUCAUUUGGCAUUAGUCAUUUCCAGUUGCAGAAGUUAUGAAAGAUAGAUUGCAGCAUUAAAAAUUAAAGCCUCUUUACAACUUGGUUGUUGUCUCUCCAAGGUGUGAAUCCAUGUGGCUGUGGUAUGUGGGCAGGGCUGACCUAAUAAUUGCCUCACUAGGAACACUGUUCAUAACUAUAUGGGGUCCUGCCACAAGGGAGUAGCUCUGACGUCGGUGGAUAGCCUGUACACAGAAACUCACGAGAGUGACUCUGCCAUUUUAAGCAUUUUGAAAUUCUGCAGGGUUUAAACAUAAGCCAUUUUGGUCCAAACACUACACGUAUCUUGUAACAAGGAUAAGCAAAGCUUUUUGUGGAGAUGGGCUGGAGAAGAUGUCAACCCAGCACUGCUUCUGCCCAAAACCUAUUCAUUUCACCAAGAUUUGUGACAGAGACCCAUGCAAGUUUCACUGAAAGGAAAACAGCAGCAGUGAUGGAUUGUACCUCUAUAUGCCAGAAAAACCUUGGACAGUUUUACUGCUGCUGCUGCUAUUGCAGUUUACAGAAAUCACAUCUAUUUACCUCAAGGGAAAGCUGUCUUUUUAGCAGUACAAUGUUUGCUGAAGUUGGCUAAAAGCAGUGUGCAAUUAAAAUUCACAAUGAAGCCUGUAAAUAUAUUAUAGGCUAUUGCUUUUAAUAAUGAUGAAAUUAUUUUUGAGUUGUGACAUUAAUGUGAUUCAUCCGUGGUAAUUUAUAUGGCAAAUUCAACAUAAUGGGAAUCCAUAGAAAAUAACUGUUUGUUGCCAACAUACUCAAGGUUUCUUUUUCCCCUCCUUUAGACUUCCUCUUCCUCAUCGGACUCAUUUUUUUAAAAUUGGUUUUUAAGUAUGUGAUACUUGUGUUCUUCUGGGCUUGUAAGAGAACUGUAUACAUCUGUUGUCUUCUAAACUGGCAAAAGGAAAGAAUAUAUACACAUUAGACCAAGCUAAAAAUGUAACUGGAUGACCAGUUGUUUUGUUAUAGUAAUUGAUUAUUUAUGUAAAUUCAUUAAUCUUGGUUGUUAUUCUGAAC